AUGGUGAACUCCACGGAGCAUGUCCAAGAAGCUGUAAUGUUUGCUAAACGCCACGAUCUUCGCCUUAUCGUCCGGAACACGGGCCAUGAUCUAGCGGGUCGAUCCAGCUCGCCCAAUGCAUUGCAGAUCCAUACCCACCGGCUGCAAGAUAUUAAAUUCCACGAAAAUUUUCAGCUCCACGGAUUUGAAAAGUCUUUCGGUCCAGCUGUGAGUGUUGGAGCUGGUGUCAUGAUGGGGGACCUAUACGCAAGGUCCGCGCAAAAUGGAUACAUUGUUGUUGGUGGCGAUUGUCCUACAGUCGGAGUUGUAGGAGGAUUCCUGCAGGGAGGAGGAAUUUCAGAUUUUCUUAGUCUACACCAUGGAUUGGCAGUGGACAACGUUCUGGAAUUUGAAGUUGUGACCGCUAGCGGAGACAUCGUUCUGGCCAACGCUAUUCAGAAUCCGGACCUAUUUUGGGCAUUGCGGGGGGGUGGAGGUGGGACUUUUGGAAUUGUUACGCGAGCUACUAUGCGAGUUUUUCCCGACGUCCCUGCUAUUGCGGCUGAGCUCGGCGUGCAUACAUCCCAAUCUCACGGCAAAUAUUCUCGAAGCCUUGCUGCAUUCUUCACUGUGCUGCAGUCAUUGAACCGUGAAAAUGUUGGUGGGCAGCUGAUCAUCACUGUGAUAUCUGAACACUCUAUUGAGGCAAAACUUAAAAUGUUCUUUCUGGAUCAAACCAAUACGGUGGAUGUCGACCAACGAAUGCAGCCAUUUGUUGAGGAUAUGAGGCGCAUUGAAACUCAUGUGACAUACGAAUCAACAUCAUUGCCGAAACUCAGCAGGAACUAUCGACAGGUUCCCGACAUACACACCGAUAACGACUACGGUGUUCUUGGGUCCACUGUCGCCAUUUCUAACAACUUAUUCAAUGCUUCCAAGGGGCCUACAUACAUGGCCGAGGGUCUGGCCCAACUCCCCAUGCGGCCGGGCGAUCUAUUGUUCACCAGUAACCUCGGAGGGCAAGUCAUGAGAAAUGGAGACCUCAUGGAGACGUCCAUGCAUCCAGCUUGGAGGAAUGCUACUCAGCUGAUCAACUUCGUGCGACCCGUUGAGCCGACUAUUGAAGGAAAAGCAGGUGCAUUACAAAACCUUACGAAUAUUCACAUGCCCUUGCUUUAUGCCAUUGACCCAGGGUUUCGGUUAUCCUAUCGUAACGUGGGGGACCCGAACGAAAAAGAGUUCCAACAGGUCUACUGGGGACAGAGCUAUACCCGCCUGUUACAGCUGAAGCGACGGUGGGACCAAGAGGGGCUUUUUAUUAGCAAGUUAGGAGUGGGUAGUGAGGAAUGGGACUCGGAGGGCAUGUGCAGGACGGGACGACGAUCAUUGAAAAACUUGGCGAUGGAUACGCUGAGCUCACUUGCCCAUUUAAUACAUGUGACGUAUCGAUAUAUUUGGUGA